CCUGGAGAACUACGCGCAGGCCAGCGAGUGGGCGGCCAAAUACAUCCGCAACCGCAUCGUCCACUUCGGGCCCGGCCCCGGGAGGUUCUUCACGCUGGGGUUGCCCACAGGCAGCACGCCGCUGGGCUGCUACAGGAAGCUGGUGGAGUACUGCCGGAACGGGGACCUGUCCUUCAAGUACGUGAAAACCUUCAACAUGGACGAGUACGUGGGUCUCCCGAGGGACCACCCGGAAAGUUACCAUUCCUUCAUGUGGAAUAACUUCUUCAAGCACAUUGACAUCUCAGCAGAAAACGUUCACAUUUUGGAUGGAAACGCCCCUGAUCUACAGGCAGAGUGCGACGCGUUUGAGGAGAAAAUCAAAGCAGCCGGAGGAAUCGAACUCUUUGUUGGAGGUAUCGGCCCGGAUGGUCACAUUGCCUUCAACGAGCCCGGGUCCAGUCUGGUUUCCAGGACACGAGUGAAGACCUUGGCUAUGGACACCAUUUUGGCUAACGCCAGGUUCUUUGAUGGCGACCUCUCCAAAGUCCCCACGAUGGCUUUGACGGUCGGAGUAGGCACCGUGAUGGAUGCCAGAGAGGUGAUGAUUCUCAUCACAGGAGCCCACAAAGCCUUUGCGUUGUACAAAGCCAUCGAGGAAGGUGUCAACCACAUGUGGACAGUAUCUGCUUUCCAGCAGCACCCCAACACCGUGUUUGUGUGCGACGAGGAUGCCACGCUGGAGCUCAAAGUCAAGACAGUGAAAUACUUCAAAGGUUUAAUGCUGGUCCACAACAAGCUCGUGGAACCCUUGUACAGCAUGAAGGAGAUGGGAGCAGAAAGGAGCCAGUCCAAGAAGCCCUACAGCGAUUGAUCUCCUGCGGUUCAGAGUGGUGCUGAACCAGCUCUGCUGUUGGAAACCAGCUGUGAAGAAAGGGAAUUGCUGCAGAAACUCCCGUCUGCUCUUAAAUUAGCAAA